CAGGAAGAGGACAGACAUAGUAGGAAGGGAGGGGUGGUUAAAAUAGUGAGCAGGACUCUGAUAAUGCCAUAAUGAAGAGGUAUUGAAAGAUUAUAACUAGCUUGACUUAAUACAGAGAGAGAAUCUAGUCCUACACCAGCACAUUUCACGGGAAAGUUUCAGGUUUAUAAUAGCAUGUCUGACUGCACAUCAUUUUUGGACAAUGGUGAUCUCCUCAUCCCCGUCAGCUGUUGAGCCUGCCAUGGAGCACCUGGUAAAGGAGAUAAACGUGCUUCUGAAGCUACUGGAGCACGAACAUGUAAGUUCAGCCACCGCAGAGAAGAUGAGCAUUGUCAGGAACCUGUUGGGACAGUUAAAGCCAUCAGCGUAUGUGACUGGAAGCGACUUUAUUUAUAUGAACACGUCCCUCUACGGAAAUGGUACCAGCUUUGUCGAAUCACUAUUCGAAGAAUUCGACUGUGACCUGAAGGAGCUGAGAGAUUCCCCAGAGGAGCUGAAAAAACAGGAAGAGGAAGAGACAUUAAAACACUUACCCACCAAAUCAAGCCCCACUGACACACCCCCUCCACUGCCCACCACACCGCCUCCUGAGGAUUACUAUGAGGAGGCUGUUCCACUUGAGCCAGACACCACGCCUCAGUACAUCACCACCCACAGAAACCCAAGCCCAGUUGAGGACGAGGAUGCAUAUUAUGAAGAUGCUGAUAAGAACUAUCCAUUAACUCGCAUAAAUGGGCCUUCCUACAAUGACUCGGAUGCCCUGAGUAGCUCUUAUGAGUCGUAUGAUGAAGAGGACGAUGAGACGAAAAUCGGAGCGAGGUCAAGUCCUGCAGGCCCGGUAAAAGACUGCCGCAAAUUUGCCUUCCUACUGCGUAAGAAGCGCUUUGGCCAAUGGGCCAAACAGUUAACCGUCAUCCGUGAGAACAGACUACAGUGUUUCAAGAACCCGAAGAACCGAACACCACACAUUGACCUGCCUCUGAAUCUGUGCAGCGUUGUAUAUGUGUGUAAAGAUGGGAGACGCAAGAGGCAUGAGCUUAAAUUCUCCGUUCCUGGAGGGGAAACUUUGGUGUUAGCUGUACAGAGCAGGGAGCAGGCUGAGAGCUGGCUUAAGGCCAUUCAGGAAGUUAAUACUGUGGCAAAUGGCACCACUGGACCCGAGAGUUCCUCAUCCCCCAUGACUCAACGCAAGACAGAACUGGACAAGAUGAUGCUUACUGAUAAACAUACCUCAGAUUCUGACAGUGUUGCCAAUGGAGAUUGUUCACGGGAGAGUGGUGAAAAUGGGAAGGGGAAAAGGGGGGCUUUCUCUGAGCUGACCGGCUCCAUGAGUCGUGCUGCUGGCCGAAAAAUCAACCGUAUAAUCAGUUUUUCAAAGAAGAAGCCUCCUCUGCCUGGGGAUACCAGCAACCUGUCUCACACUGAUGACAACCCACGCUGUGGUUAUCUGAAUGUCCUGGUUAACCAGUGCUGGAAGGAGCGUUGGUGUUGUGUGAGGAGCGGCACUCUGUAUUUCCAUAAAGACCGAGCAGACGUGCACACUCACGUUAAAGCUCUGGUCCUUCAUGGGGUCGAGGUCUUACCUGGUUUGGGGCCCAAGCACCCUUUUGCUUUCCGUAUCAUGCGAGAUGGCAGUGAAGUGGCAGCUCUGGAGGCGAGCUGUUCGGAAGAGAUGGGCCGUUGGCUUGGUGUGCUUUUGGCAGAAGCGGGUUGUGCUACAACCCCAGAGGCUCUGCACUACGACUACGUGGACGUGGACACAAUCAGCAGCAUCAGAUCAGCAGCUCGGCAUUCUUUCCUCUGGGCCACUUCCUCCAGCAGUGCCUCCACAGACUCUCGCACCUACGAUGAAGUUCCUUAUGAAAGCGUGCUGGUAGAGGAGGCUCAGCCUAAAUCAGGAGCUCAGAUCAAGAGGCGCUCUUCUUUCUCCAGCGCUGAUAGGGUAAAGAGUAACUCUGAAGUCACAGUGAAAAGACACGGCUCUUCUGUGAAUCAGUAUGGUAAAUACGGUAAGACGAGAGCAGAAGAGGAUGCGCGGCAAUAUCUGAACGAGAAAGAACGGCUCGAGAAAGAGAAGGAAGAGAUCAGAAAAAAGCUGGUGUCACUACGUAAAGAGAAAAAGGAGGUGAAGGAGCAGCUUAAGGACGCCACGGGUAAACAGCAGAAGGAUUUGGAAAAGUGUCUGGCUCAGCUUGAAGAGAGCUGCAGAGGGAAGGAGGCUGAGCGAGUGGAUCUGGAGCUUCAGCUCACUGAGGUGAAGGAGAAUCUGAAGAAGUCUGUGGCUAGUGGUGGGCUGGGAGCUCCUGCUGAGACCAAACCUGCAAACAAGGUUCAUAUCAGAAAAGUUGAAACUACCUAUACUGAGUCCUCUGUACCUGUGAACUGUGCCUCUGAGAUGCGUAAGCGUCCUCCCUCCAUCUGUACGUCUACCAGAGGAAAUGUCAUGCAGAAAGCCAAGGAAUGGGAGUCAAAGAAGGGGACUUAAUAUUGACUGGAUGUAAAGUCUGUAAGGAUUGUUUGGGUAUUUGAAGAUACUUCAGUGGACCAGGGAUUCAGCAACUGAUUGUGUUCUUUUUAACAUAUAUAUGCCCAAAAAACUACUGAUCCAUCUGUGGCUUUCUAGACCCCUUCCCUGUCACUCUUUCUCCUAUCUCUCCAGCUCUAUAUUUCAAAGGGAACAUUUUGGAUAACUGCUCAUUACCUUUCACCCAUACUGUCACCUAAUUACCUUAUCUUACAAACUGAGGCAUCUGUACGGCUAUUGAGCUUAUUGUCUUAUCCAUUAUCUGAUGGCUCAAGAGGACACUUAAUCAUUAGUCGCCAUUAUCUUAGGAAAACAUCAUCUGAGACAGUAGAUAGUAAUAACACUCUUCUGACCAGUGCCUAAAAACACAGUAUUCAUACACACAUUACAAAGGCAGAAAGCACAUUUGCUUAUAAUAAUAAUCAUUCAUUAUAUGGGCAUAUAAAUUACACGAGAGGACUAGAAACGAACAGACCCUUUUGGAGAAAACAAAUCAAAGAUGCUGAAAUGUCUUUUGAAAAGGAAAAAAAAAAGAUUGUAAAUAAAAAGUGCAUUGUAGGACUAGAGCAGAAAAUAAGACAUGUUUUAUGUUUAUAGAAAAUAUAAGAAGGCUUAAAAAAAGGGAAUGAGAUUUUAUACAAGCAGCAGUGUAUCUUGUCUGUAUGUACAGCACUGAACUUACUAAAUCCCCCCAUUUGGAAUGGAAUAGAGUGUCAUGGCGUCUUUCUAUUAUACACAAUCUCUGUAUCUAGUGAGUCAUUUUGAGAGGUUUGUUUCUUUUCUUUUACACUAUGGCACUUAAUUGACCAUGUUUAUUUAUUUAUUUUUUACAAUGUACAUAAAAUCAUAUUCAUAAUCUCAAUGUUGAUAUGAGUCCAUGUCUCCAAGAAAAUAUGUAUAAAUGUUUCUUUUUGAACAAAUAAAUAUGAGUUAUAAUGCUUUACAACAAACU